AUGACAGUCUUUAGAAUCAUACCGGUUGUGGUCCUAUUGGCUUUUGCUUGCGGAGCGAAUUCUCAACCUGACAUUCCCGAGCAAUGCUUAAAGAACAGUGUAACCGAGGUAUCCUGCGCAAGUGAAGAUGUUAGAGAUUCUUUGUUGCCACAUCCUGAUGAUUGUGAAUUGUUUUAUUACUGCGUAAGUCCGGACCACAAACCAAUAUGUCGCCAGUGCCCCGACAAACUUCACUUCAACCCUUCUAAAAAUGUUUGCGAUCAACCUGAAAGAGCUGGCUGUAAUGUGAAUAUUCUG